UCAUAGAAAAGUAAUAGACACUAUGAAUCAAUUUGGAAAAAGCGAAUUGCUCAGCACAAGGAGACAAACAAUUGUCGAUCUCGAAAUCAAAACAUCCCUCAGGCGAAUUCGAACUGCGAAGCACAUGACUUACUGUCAUGUGAUUUAACAAUGGACUCUGAGACAUUCGGGAUCUUUCCGCGCCGAAGUUGAGGUUCUCAUCCGAUGCUACUCUGCAUGAUGCUGUGUCAAGCUUCUUCAGGAUCUCCCUAGGUGGAUGGACGAGAGGUGGAAAUGCAAAUGUUGCAUCGAUCCGAUCCACCCCCCCCACCGUUCGGCGCAAACACCCAUUCCAAGCAAAUGCAGAUCUUUCUCACCGUCAAGCAGGCCGCAAGUCGACUCGAUGCAAAGAACCUGUGCCACUGUAGCACAAUGUACUUAGAGCGUCGAUUGUGGACUUCUUUUCCGUAAGUAUCACCCGAAGCUUAAGCGCAACACGAAACAGGAAUCGAUCCAGUCGAGGAAUAUGCAUCACCUCUCGUUUUCAUGCCCCCUGGGUGGCUUGUCGAGCUCAUUUUUAAUACAGAUACGACUUGCAUGAUAGUCUAUCUUCAGUGUUAAUCUAUUUGCCCUGGGACUAGAAUCGAAAUGGUCGCACUGACUAAACGGAUUUUAUCCUGCUGGCCUAUUAUUUGAGUUCUGAAGGCGAUUAAUGGCAUGAUCUGGAGUAGCGAACAACAAGAGACUUUUCGGUUACCCCAAUCCGAGACACGCUUCUUGCUUGCAGUUCUUCUCCAUAAUAGAUCGACAACGCGAACAUGGCAUCUGCUUCUGAUGACCGUAUCCUGCUCUCACAGAGCCCGUUCAGGCUUAUGAAUGCGUCCAACACAAAU